GGCUAGCAUACGCAGUUACGUGACUGAACGGUACAGAGGCGAAUAAUCUCGCGCACUUCGACAUACGUAUCUCGCUGAUAUCGCUUGCGUCGCGAUAUGCGACAUGUGAAAAACUGUGUAUCAAACGAAAAUCCUAUCGAUACUGAUACCGAGAAACAAUUUUCCUCGAUCAUCGCGUGUUAUUAGACUAUAAUCGCAACUUAUUAUACGCUCAAUCUCCUUUCGCCCUACUCGAUCGUCAUCACGGUGGUGGUGGAAAAGAUUUAAGAACCGAUGCUCUUGCCGCACGGGUUUAGAAAUCACGUCGGAGACGCAAGACGAGAGUUUUAGCCAGUUAUUCGAGAACGCGACUCGCAAGAUGAACCGAAAUAUCUCGCUCCUCGCGGUGGUGCUGGUUUUGCUAGUAGCCAGCACGUGCGCUCAAUUUUAUAAAAGCGGCAACUGCCCGCUGCAAAAUACCGUGAGCAAUUGCACCCCCAGAUGCACGAGUGACUCCCAGUGUUCUCUGAGUCAGAAAUGCUGCCCGAACAAAUGCGGCAACAGGUCGUGCGCCGAUUCCAGCGCCGUCAGCACCGGCAGCGGGUACAAGGGCUCGAACCAGCAAGACGUUUACUGUAACGGAGUGAAAUGCGCCGCGUACGAGAAGUGCCAGUUCGACCGCAACACCAGACGUGAGAGAUGCACCCGCGCCUAACGUCAUUCUCGUCGCCGAAUCUCUUCGUGAAUCUCAACUAUCCCGAAUGUAAUCCUAUAUAAAUAACAAUUACACUCACUCUCUUCGCUGCCCUCAGCAA